AUGGAUGGUGAAUUAAGGAGCUCGAAUGUUGGAAGUGAAAGAGAAAUGGCGUUCAAUCAUAUACGAAAUGGAGAGCCUUUGUAUUUGCAAAGUUCUGACCAUCCAGGAAUGAUUCUUGUUUCUACUCUAGUUACAGGUAACAAUAACUAUCUGUCUUGGAGUUGUAUGAAGAUUGUAUUAGGUGCAAAAGUAAAAUUAGGGUUUGUGAAUGGGAAAUGUGAGAUGUCUGGUGAAGAAUCCCCAAACUUUGAACAAUGGAAUAGGGUAGAUUUUAUGGUUACCUCUUGGAUAUUAAAUUCCAUCUCGAAAGAGAUUGUUGAAGCAUUCCCAUACACAACUUCUGCUAGAGAGAUAGAGGAAAGUUGUGCUGUUGCUAAGUUAGUAGCAGAUAUGACUUCUUCUAAUAGAUUGAUGCAGUUUCUUAUGGGCUUGAAUGAAAAUUUUGAUCAUAUUAGAAACCAAAUAUUGGUUAUGGAUCCUUUGCCUAGUGUAAAUAAGGCUUACUCAAUGGUUUUGAGAGUUGAGAAGCAAAGAGAGGAAACUCCUUCGGAAGUUUUAGGUGAACAACUUAGCAAAGGGAUUGAAUGGAACAAUGCACUGUCUGAAUUGAUUAAACAAGAGUUAACAAGGUUUAUGAAAGGAAAAGCACCAGCUGAUGGCUCUGCAAUUAACUUUGCACACUUUGCAGAUUUUGCAAAUCAUAGUUCUACGUCUUUUGAUCCUAACCUCUCUACUUCUAUUGAUCAUAGUUCUAACAAUUCUUUAGCAGAUUCAUCCUCUCAUUUCCAUUCUAUUUCUUCUCACUCCUUAGCUCCAACUACCAACAUUGAGUCAUCUUCUUCUACUCCUGUUAUAACCCCUUUAAGACAUAGUUUUAGAAUAUCAAAGAAGCAUGCAUGGUUGGAUGAUUUUGUCUCAAGUGUUCCUGUUCACCAACUAGACAUAAACAAUGCCUUUUUACAUGGACAUCUAGAUGAAGAAGUUUACAUAUUACCUCCUGAUGGAUAUACUAAGGCUACUAAAGAUCAAGUUUGCAGGUUGAAAAGAUCAUUAUAUGGUCUGAAACAAGCUUCCAGACAAUGGAAUAAUGAAUUCACUUUUCACUUGAUUGCAUAUGGUUUUUCCCAGUCAGCUCAUGACCACUAUCUAUUCAUUAAAUCAACUACCUCAUCAUUUCUUACACUCUUAGUUUAUGUUGAUGAUGUCAUUAUCACUAGUUCCUCUAAAGAUGACAUUCAAGCUGUGAAAGUUUUCCUUCAUGACAAGUUUACCAUAAAGGAUCUUGGAUAUGCUAAAUAUUUCCAAGGUGUUGAAAUUGCAAGAUCUUCACAUGGUUCAUACAUUUAUCAAAGGAAGUAUACGUUAGAUAUCCUUCAAGCUGCAAGACUAUCUGGAGUCAAACCUGCCUUCACUCCACUUCCAAAAGGAUUCAAGUUCUCAGCUACUAGUGAUGAUUUCCUUUCUAAACCUGAUAAGUAUAGACGGUUGGUUGGAAGAUUACUAUAUUUAGGAUUUAUAGACCAGAUAUUACUUAUGUUGUUCAACAACUAA